CCGUACGGAGCCAUAUGAGGUGAACCUGCGCUGCUCUCGGUCACAUUGUGGUGGUGGUCAGCAGCUAGCGGAGGAGGAUUAUCUUACAAUCACUUACCAACUAGCUCGCUGGAUAACUUAGUUUGUCACGACUUAGCUUAGAUAUCUAGCUGUCUGUCAGACUAGCCCUGAUGUGUCAGGAGGAGGAGUAGGAGGUGAACUAGUUGUCUUCAUCAUGUCCAAGUGGUUCCGUUAUUUCUAGCUAUCACACCGCAGGCUUAUAGAGGCGAGCACAGCGUGACUACCAGGUCUGAUAGAAACACACAAUAGAGAUGGAGCAGUGGCAGGACGAGGCCUCUCAGCAGGUCAAGCUGCUCACACGUCGUCUGAAUGAGCUGCUGACUCGAGGAGUGGGUCUGCUGCGCUCCGAGCUCGGAGUGGACCUGGGUCUGCAGCCGGAGCUCAUCCCGCCCUGGGUGAUCCUCUUAGCGGCGUGCAGCGGGCUGGUACUGAUGGUCGCUCUGUGGGCCUCAGCCUGCCGGUCCCUCUUCAAGAAGAGACCCGCUGUCUGCCCUCUGGAGGACGACGACGGGGAAGAAGUGAAGCGGGCUGGCGGUAAACCUGUCAAACCAGAGGAACCGAAGAAGAAGAAGAAGAAGACAGAGAAGAAAGCCCAGCCCAAUGGGAGAGCUGUUGCUGAAGCACAGGAAGAAGCCAUAGCGUUGGAGGAGAUAGUGCCACAUCAUCAGUCGCCCACACCAGAAGUCAAGGCUGACAAGGCUGCAGAGUUAAAAAAGUCUAAGAAGAAGGCCAAACAGUCUGUAAAGGAGACCAAGACAGCGACUGCAGUUGGAAAAGAACCAGAAGAAGGCACAUGGGAGACCAAGGUCAGCAACAAGGAGAAGCGUGAGCAACGCAAGAAGGACAAAAGCUCCAGUGACGGCUCAGCCAGUCCUGGAGGAGGGGACACACCUGUGAGCACUCCCCCGGAGAAGCCCAAGGCCUCUGCAGCGCCCACAUCUGCCAGCCAGAAGAAGAAAAAAGGAGAAUCCCCAAAGGUGAAGGCAGAGAAGGUUGAGGCUGUUGUAUCUCAAGUUAACAGCAGUGAGGUGGUGGCGGUGGCUGCUGGUGUGACUGACAUGGCUGUGAAGGUUCCUGCUCCCACCGUUGCGCCAAAGACGGGCCCCUGGACAACCACUAGAGAACCAGCAUCACUGUGGAAAGCGGAGAUGGAUGAGUCGUGGACUGUGAUUGACAGGCCCACAACAGAGCGAAAUCUGGUGUCUAUAACUGGACUGGGUGUUGGUACUGCUGAGCCCCAGCCUGUGAGCGACCUGCCCUGGCUCAGUCAGCCCAGAGUGGACGACGAGUGGUCUGGACACAACGGUAGUUCAGCGGACCCUAGCUCUGACUGGAACGAGCCCACUGAAGCCUGGGGCAACUUCGUAGAGCCCACUCCUGAGCCCCCUCCUCCUGCUGUGGAGCAGCCCCUCCCUGAGACCACCAAGGCCAAUCUGUUGAUUGGAGCGGCUGACGAUGAUGAAGAUGAGAAGGACAAGGGAGAGACUGCUGCUGAUGGAGCAGCUAAAACUAAAAAGAAGAAAAAGAAGAAGAAGAAGGCCGCUGAGGAGGGAGGAACAGCUGGCCAGGGUGAGGAGCCAGAGAAGGAGGCGCCACCUGCAGCCUCUUUGAAGAAGCAGCCACCUGUUCAAGAGAAAGCUGCUACCGUCCAGCCCGUCAAAGCAGCUGCUGUCGAGGCGAGAGUGGAGAAACCAGUGAAGGAAAACAUAUCCCAGAAACCCCCUGUCACACAAGUGCCACAGAAGCCAACUGAUGGAGAGCCCACUGCCAAGCAGAGCAACCUUUCUGCUCCAACACAACAAAGUAAAAAAACCUGAGGAGAGCCAAGCGGCGCCCAAGCCGGCAAAGAAAAAGAAGGCGAGGAGAGAGACAUGAGACUGAGUCCACUCUGCAGACCUCUGUAUGCAAAAGACUUCAUAUCCUGUUUAUGCAACACCUUUUGUGACAAGAACUUUUGAAGUAAGGUCUUCACGACGGACUUAAACCUUAAAACCAGUCUGGAAAAUGAGACACCUUUUAUACACGUCGAGUGUCAGCAGAUGGACGGAUUGAAAACUGAACCUACAGUAGAUGCAGUGCAAUCUAAUGUAAUGCGGUGUUAAUGAUUUUUAAGUAUGCAUUUGAUACUCUCGAUUCUGUCUUCUAAUUCCACUGAAUCAAGUAACUGAUUUGAAAGAGCUGUAUUGUAGUAACUAGACGUAGAAAAUACUGAUCAUGUUUAGAAAUUUGAUGUUGUGGUGUCUAACGACUGGAGUUUACUGUGUAGAGAAUGAAGAAACGAUCAACAUGCUUCAGGUCACUCAACACUGGGCCAUAAUGUUGAACUGGCCUUUGCUUUUUGCAGUCUUUUAUUUUGCUCUCACAUUUGUGCGUCAUGAUGGUACAGUGUUGGUCGGAAAAGAGCCGAGAGAUCAAAUGGUUAUUUCAACGUCGACGGCUCAACAGGGUGUAAACAUUUGUGACAUAAACGAGACAUGCAGGAAAGGGAAUCAUGUCAGCUCUGUAUUUCUGCAUUCUUAUCUGUGACUACGACAUUUCAACUGACUCAGUCCCAUCUGUUUUGUCCCUCGUUUGAUGUCGUACUGCGGUGUUUUCGAGACAAACGGUUUCCUUGCCGUUUUUACUAUCUGUGAGCGCUUCGUGGCCAGAGCCGUGUGGGAGCCUCUGAUCGUAGAUGUACCGUUGCAGUGUCAUCCGCCUCUUCAUGAUUUUCCACCUGUGGUUGAUUCGAAAGUCUUCAGAACCUUUUGUAAAACCAGUUUGUAAUAAAAGAAAAGCUAAAGCCAUAUGUAAAAAGACUAAAUAAAGGCCAGUUUUUCUAUA